CGUGCUGUGCUUGUUUAUCAUUGUGAUCAUUGUCAUGUGAAUGAUGUGAUCAAAAGAUCAAAACAAAAAUAUGUUGCUCCCAGCGAGUGUCCAAGCAGCGGGAUAUAUUCCCUUCACCGUUGUACUUCUGGUGGUCCUCGCCCUGUCCAUAACCUAUGUGCUGUACCUGGUACGGAGGCGCCGCAGGACAGCGCGUUUCUCAACAUGGAGUGCAAUAGUUGCACUAUUUGUGGCACUGCUUACGUCAGUCUUGCUUCCAGUCGACAUCUUUAUUGUGUCAUACAUGAAAGACUCACACGGAAACUUCACGGAAUGGGCAGCAAGCAACACCUCUCGCACCGAAAUAGAAGACGCGAUGCUCUUGGGCUACUACGUACUCUACAGCUUCCUGCUUCUCUUCGCGUUUGUCUUCCUACCAUUUGCCUACUUCUUUGCUGAAGAUGAGGAUGACGAUGAGGAUGUUGGAUGGCAGUCUCGUGCAUGUACCGGAUUGAAGUACACGAGUGCUUUUGUUUUCCUGGCUGCACUGCUCUUUGGAAUUGGUGCGGUGAUCCCUCUACAAAAGCCACCACCAAAUGGAACUGAGAUAGAUAAGCUUGAAUUCAUCAUCGAAGAGUUAAAAAGCAACAAGGGAGAAGAUGCAUUGGGAUUUGUGCUUGCAGUUCUCGGUCUCAUUGGGAUGGCCGUGAUUAUUCUUUAUAUGGGUAGCGGCCUUGCUGUAUUCCCGAUGAGGCUGAUAUGCGGGAAGAGCAGCAGCAAGAAUCUCUUAGGAGGAAAUGCUGGAAACAACGGGGCAGCACAAGGUGGCGCAAAGAUACUGUGUCUCAUCCUGGGAGGAGGCUGGCGACUUGUUGAGAUUGUAGUGGGCAUUUUGUGUCUGCUUUUAGCAGUGACCUUUUGGAUUUCCCUGCUGUUGGCCAACAUUGACAAAAUAGAGCACUCCCUGGGCUACAAGACGGGAUACCUGCUGCCAAAUCACACACUGCCAAACCCUCUUGACAUGCUGCUCGUCUAUGCCCAAAGUGUGUAUCCACUCGACUACGUGUUAUUUGUCAUCCUGAUUCUGUUCCUGGUCUUGUGCACGAUAUACAGCAUUCAGAGGAUCGGUAUCUGGUUCCUCUGGCUGAGGGUUGCACGUAUCCGUGCAGGGCGGACAUACGCACGAGGAUUGUUGCUGCUUUGCCUGUCGCUGAUGUAUGCCAUGAUUGCCAUCCAGCCACUUAUCUUUGCCGUGGCACCACGAUAUGUCACCUAUGGCUCGGAGCAUUUUGUGCAACAUAUUGGCAACAAAACUCAUCCCGAAACCGUCGCUGUACGCUGCAACGCGGAAACUUCUCUGCCAGACGACUGCGUCAUGACACGUGCCAGUGUCUUGCUGAUGCGCUUCUUCUACAAAGCAUGGAUCUUUGGUGCAGCUUAUUACUGGGCCACCUGGGUAUUCCUACUCAUAACGCCGGUCGCAGCUGUUACCUUUGCAGUUAGAGACUGUCGCCGGUCGCACGACGAUGACGAGGACUCUCUCGAAGAUGAGCUGGAGGACAGCGAUGACCACAUGCUGCGUGCUUAGUCCGUGCAACAUGCAGCAUUAGGGUUCCUUUUUGAUGUUAUAGGCUUUCGUUAAUGUUUCCAAACAGCUGUACGGAAACUAAAUUGCAUGUAGCUCAGGGCAAACCACUCUGCAACUUUGCCAUUGCAGCAGUAACAACAGUCCAGAGACUUCUUCUCACAAAAUGAAAGAGGCCUUGACAGCAACACCAAAGGAACAGGACUCAUCCGUUACGUCAUUUGUAAUUUAUGCACAAAAGAAAUUGCAAUUCGCUCCUUCCCUCUUCUCGCCUCGCCUCGGUUUCCACGAACAAUCUCCCGUGGUGAUUGGGCAAAUCGUUUGAGGGGACCAAUGGGAGGCGACGCAACCAAUGAAUUUCAUUCCGUAAGUGUUGCUGUCAAGGUAACAGCAUUUUUCACUCCACGAGGAGAAAUCUUUACAGUUUGAUGCUGCUUUAACGAUGUUGAUGCACUUGCUUCCUGUUGAUGUCUUGUAGAGAAAGCAGUAUGGAUUAGUCUUUGUCUUGUACAUUACUGUGUACAAAGCUUCUUUACGUUUGUAUGAUUACUGUUCAGUCAUAUUUAUAUGUUAUCUGUUACUUUGUACAACCACCGACUUUAUGUUUGCGAGAUUGUUGAUUUUUAGAAUAGUUCAGCUGUGAAAAAAUGGCUAGGAAGCGAGCGAGCUGGUGAAGAUGAUGCAUAAUGUAAAACCCCGAGACUAGGGAACACGAAAGGACUCGUGUUUGUGUCUGUCCUUUCGUGUUCCCUAGUCUCGGAGUUCAGUUGUGAUAUGAUGACAGAAACUUGCGUUCAUGUAAUAAAGGAGUUUCUAUUUAAACACUG